CCUUGUCUGCCAUUCUCAGGGUCGUGGUUCGGCUGUUACAUUGUUGCCAUGCAACCUUGAAAGCCGGCAAGGACCUCUCUUCCCCACGCAUGUACUCAGGGCUAAAAGUUAAGGCACCUUGUACCUUAAUGGCAGGCGUGUGUUACAACAAAGGAAAGCAGAAAGCCGAUCAUAGCCCCUCUUGACGCUGGGUUUCCCCUCUUUGUCCGGGUACCGAGCUGCCAGGCUCAUUGUGUUUGAGUGGAUUAUCCGAUCAUGACGAAUGCAGGCCCGGGCUGCGUGCAACGGAAGGUCCCAUGGAGCCUUCGAGAUUUGCCAGGUCCAGGUCGGCAUCUCUUGGACCUAGCGGGCAGUCUCAGACCCAGGCACCCGUGUAUAAAGGUCGAGGUGUCUGAGUCCGUGUGAGAUUUGUCUCACCAUCAAUCUCGCAAGCAGGACAAUUCAACAAUACCUUCUACCCAUCCCCAAACCAACCAACCCAACUGGGUAUCGCACACCAUGGCUCCUAAGAUCGCCAUCGUCUUUUACUCGAUGUACGGCCACAUUCGGCAGCUUGCCGAGGCCGAGAAGGCGGGUAUUGAGAAGGCUGGCGGUACUGCCGACCUCUACCAAGUCCCGGAGACGCUCUCGCAGGAGGUGUUGGAAAAGAUGCAUGCUCCCGCCAAGCCGACCGACAUCCCCGUCCUCGAGGAUCCUAGCGUGCUGGAGAAAUACGAUGCCUUCCUGUUCGGCAUCCCGACGCGGUACGGAAACUUCCCUGCGCAGUUCAAGGCCUUUUGGGACAAGACGGGCAAGCAGUGGUCGACGGGCGGCUUCUACGGCAAGUACGCCGGCCUCUUCAUCUCGACCGCCAGCAUGGGCGGUGGCCAGGAGUCGACAGCGAUUGCCGCCAUGUCGACCUUCGCCCACCACGGCAUCAUCUAUGUGCCCCUCGGGUAUGCCCCGGCGUUCGGUAUCUUGACGGAUCUCUCUGAGGCGCGCGGUGGCAGCGCGUGGGGCGCGGGCACAUUUGCUGGCGGCGAUGGCAGCAGGCAGCCGAGCGAGAAGGAGAAGCAACUGGCGACCAUUCAGGGAGAGGAAUUCUACAAGACGGUCGCCAAAGCUUUCGGUGCGUGACCAGUUAGUUGAAUUGAGGAGAGCGGGAGAGAGAGUGGCCUUAUCGCUAAUGGGCGGUUGGAAGAGGGAGUAGAAAGAGAGGUGGUGACGACCGCAGCGUCUGACGUCAGGGAGCCGGCGAAGGCGCAGGAGGCGCAACAUGGCAAUGGCACUCCGGCAGCAAAGCAGAAGGAGGCCAAGGGAGGUCCUUGCGGGCUACCUGGAAAGUGUGUUAUACAGUGAAUUGACAAGAGAUCGCAACGUUGGUGACUCCACUGCAUUUUGCGUGACGAGUUGAUUUGGAGGCAAGCAUUUGAACUUUGAAGGUCAGAUUGCUGGGGAUAAAGCCGAAGUUCAAGCUUUUAGGUCACUGUAAAAAUGGAUUCAAAGUUCG